AUGGUCUCAGACAAAACAGAUAAACUUUCGUGUACUUCUGAGGCUAUUUGGCUAACUAUAAAAGCACCGGGUUCACCGAGCCUUGACAUCCUGACGGUCUACCGACCGCCGAGAAAUGAUCCCACAGCGGACGCCCGUCUGAUUGAGGACCUGGAGAGAUUCUCUAUCCGGUCCGAAGUCUUAAUCAUGGGGGACUUCAACGCACCUCUUAUCGACUGGAGUUCAGCUUAUGCAUCUGGUCCAGACCAUGCUUUCGACCGACGUUUGCUGGACAUGACCUUCAAGUUCUUUCUCACUCAGCACGUCUCCUUUCCGACGAGGGUGCGCGAAGGGCAACAGUCAAACUGUCUGGAUCUGCUCCUUACGAAGUCACUGGACAGCGUUGAUGAGGUGCAAUGUCUACCCCCCCUAGGUCGAAGCGAUCACGUCGUACUGUUGUGGGAGUACUCCAUUUUUUCUCUGCCCGAACAGGCCACCAGGGUCAGAAGGAACAUUUGGCGCGGUGACUUUGCCCAAAUGAAAUCUGAACUAAACACCAUUAACAGGGAAUCAGCUUUUUCCGGUGACAUAAUCAAGGAUUGGGACUGGUUUAGUGAGUUACUGCACGUUCUUCUCAGAGACCACUGUCCUAUUUCACGGAAGAAACUAAAUUGCAGACCCCCGUGGCUAACGCAAGCUUUAAAAAAAGAAGUGAAUAAAAAGAGGAGGUUAUGGAGGAAAUUCCUCUCGGAUAGGAGCUAUGUGUCGUUAAAUGCAUACAAAGCACAGAGGAACCUAGUUAGGAGGUUAAUCCUCGGGACGCGGCGUACUUUUGAGAAAGACCUACUAAAUCGAGCCGCAGAAAAUCCGAAGUUGUUCUAUGGUUACAUAAGAAGAAGCACACGAAACAGAGACCCAAUCCCGUUAUUGAAAACUAGUGACGACCUAGAACUCAGUGAAGACGGAGAAAAGGCAGAGCACCUUUCACAGUUCUUUAAGUCCAUCUUUACGAAGGAAAGCGCAUUUCUCCCUCCCGACUGCGACAUAGUGGACGGGCCAACGAUUGAGCACGUCUCUUUCGCCGAAGCUAUUGUUUGCAAAGAACUGUUGAAGUUGAAUGAGUCUAAAUCAAGGUCUUAGCAAACAACUACAGACCAAUCAGCCUUACUUCAAUUUGCUGCAAAAUUAUGGAGAAAAUAGUAAAGCGAGAAAUAAUGCACUUCCUAGAAGAGCAUAAUCUGCUAUGCGAUGCCCAGCACGGAUUUCGUAGAGGCAGAUCAUGCGUGACGAAUCUACUAUAUUGUUUAGAUCGCUGGACCCGGGCAGUCGAUGGCAGCAAUGCAGUGCACGCAGUCUACGUCGACUUUAAGAAAGCAUUCGACAGUGUACCCCAUCAGCGUCUCCUGUACAAACUAAACCGAACAGGCCUGAGGGGUAAUCUCCUGAGGUGGAUACAAAGUUUCUUGAUCGGUCGCUCUCAAAUCGUCCACGUCGGUGACAGGCAGUCGGCGGAGGUAACGGUUGAAAGCGGUGUUCCACAAGGCUCCGUUCUUGGCCCUACCCUAUUCAUUAUAUACGUCAACGACUGCGUCAGCGAACUGAAUUGUGAUGUCGCCAUGUUCGCUGAUGAUGUUAAACUUUGGAGCGUCAUCCGAACUGAAUUUGACGAAGAGCGCUUGCAGGCAGACCUGACCCGACUCGAGAAGUGGUCACAGGACUGGCUGUUGCCGUUUAAUGUGACUAAGUGUAAUGUCAUGCGAGUCGGCAGGACACGAUCUCUGAACCGGAGGGUUUACCACCUAAACGGCGUACCAUUGCAGGAGGUAGACGCCCAGAAAGACAUGGGGGUGUGGGUAACGGCUUCUCUAAAACCGUCGCUUCACUGCUCCAAGGUAGCCAAGUCUGCGAUGUCAGUCCUUUAUCUUGUCAAGAGAGCUUUCUCUACCUUCGAUGAGGACUGCUUCGUUAAAGUCUUUCGGACUUUCGUACGGCCACAGCUAGAGUUCGCCAUUCAGGCGUGGAAACCGUGGACCUCUAAAGAUCUCAGCAUCCUCGAGAAAGUUCAGAGGCGGGCAACCAAACUCGUAGGUGGACAGGGUUCACUACCCUAUGAAACCCGAUUGUCCAAUCUCGGUCUCUUUCCACUGAGUUACAGACAGCUAAGAGGCGACCUUAUACAAACAUUCCGUAUACUGCGCGGCCAGGACUGCUGUCUCGUACCUACUGAUUUCUUUGAGUUAGCGACCACAACGAACCUCCGAGGUCAUCCACUUAAACUACGAGUAACUGGCGCCAAGCUGGACACUCGGAAGUUCUUCUUUUCAAACAGAGUGAUCGAGGCCUGGAAUGCUCUGCCUGCAGGUGUCAUGUCCACCUCCGUCGAGGCUUUUAAGCGCAACUUGGACCAGAUUGCCACCAAUCGUCACAAUGCCACCUGA